AUGAGGAGGGAGAACCAGAGCAGCGUGUCCGAGUUCCUCCUCCUGGGGCUCCCCAUCCGGCCAGAGCAGCAGGGCGUGUUCUUUGCCCUGUUCCUGGGCAUGUACCUGACCACGGUGCUGGGGAACCUGCUAAUCUUCCUGCUCAUCAGGCUGGACUCUCGUCUCCACACCCCCAUGUACUUCUUCCUCAAACACUUGGCCCUCACUGAUGUCUCCUUUUCAUCUGUCACUGUCCCAAAGAUGCUGAUGAACAUGCAGGUUCAAUGCCAAUCUAUCACAUACGCAGGAUGCAUUUCACAGGUGUAUUUUUACAUACUUUUCGGUUGUGUUGAUAACCUCCUCCUCGCGGUGAUGUCCUAUGACAGGUAUGUGGCCAUCUGUCACCCUCUCCACUACACCACCAUCAUGAUGGAGAGGCCGUGUGUGCUCCUGGUGGCUGGCUCCUGGAUUCUCUCCUGUGGCAGUGCCCUUCUGCACACCGUCCUGCUGGAGAGGAGCAUGAGGAGGGAGAACCAGAGCAGCGUGUCCGAGUUCCUCCUCCUGGGGCUCCCCAUCCGGCCAGAGCAGCAGGGCGUGUUCUUUGCCCUGUUCCUGGGCGUGUACCUGACCAUGGUGCUGGGGAACCUGCUAAUCUUCCUGCUCAUCAGGCUGGACUCUCGCCUCCACACCCCCAUGUACUUCUUCCUCAGCCACUUGGCCCUCACUGACGUCUCUUUUUCAUCUGUCACUGUCCCUAAGAUGCUAAUGAGCAUGCAAACCCAGGAUCAAUCCAUCCCCUAUGCAGGGUGCAUAGCACAGAUGUAUUUUUUUACUGAUCUGGAUGAUUUCCUGCUCACAUCAAUGACCUAUGAUCAGUACGUGGUCAUCUGUCACCCUCUCCCGUACAUCACCAUCAUGAGACAGGGACUGUGUACCUUACUGGUAACUGUAUCUUGGAUUCUCUCCUGUUCCAAUGACCUGUGUCACACCCUUCUCCUGUCCCAGCUGUCCUUUUGUGCUGACAACACCAUCCCCCAUUUUUUCUGUGACCUUGCUGUCCUGCUCAAGCUCUCCUGCUCAGACACAUCCCUCAAUGAGCUAGCCGUUUUCAUGGCAGGAGUGGCUGUCAUUAUCCUCCCACUAAUAGGCAUCUUGAUCUCUUAUGGCUGCAUCGGGGCCACCAUCCUGAAGGUUCCAUCCACCAAGGGGAUUUGCAAAGCCUUGUCCACAUGUGGCUCCCAUCUCUCUGUGGUAUCUCUGUAUUAUGGAACAAUUAUUGCACUAUAUUUUUUCCCCUCAUCCAGCACCUCCAGUGACAAGAACAUAAUUGCCUCUGCAAUGUACACAGUGGUCACACCAUUGCUGAACCAUUUCAUUCAUAGCCUAAGAAACAGGGAGAUGAAGGGGGCCCUGGAGAAACUCUUCCACAGGGCAAAAUCUUCUCUCAGUGACGCUGCUCAUCGUUAUAACAGACACAUGUAUUCACAUAACCUCAGAUCCUACACCCCAAUCUUGAAUCCAGCAUGGAAUAAGUGCCCAAUAGAUAUUUGA